AUGGCUACUCUAGCGUCGGCUCGCCAGACAUCAGUGCCAGUCCAGCAGCUGACGCCCCCAAGCAGCUCUCACGGCGCCGGAGGGUCGUGGGACUUUGCUGUGCCCGUCAACAACUUGAGAGAGUCCUACGAACAAGAGUCUUACAUGUCCGAAUACGGCGCUGCCGCCCACGGUUCCCGCCAGCCCCUCACGUCACAAGCCAACGGUUUCGCAAAGCCUGUACGCUCACCCACCUGGGACUCGCAGGACGCUGCCCGUUCACAGCUGUCGCCCGCCCCAAUGAAUGAACUGCACAAGAAAAAAAGCGGGGACAUGAUUGCUAGCAACGCGGACCAGGACAGUGUGCUGGAGUACUACAAAAGCCACACCAACACCAACACCAAGAAAGGCCCAACUUCCAUCAAGGGGAAGGCCAAGAAGAAGGUCGUCAAGGCUGGUCCAGAACCCGAGUAUGACGCAAACGCCUGGAUACACCGGGACAAGCUCAAGGAGAUUGAGACCCGCGAAUUAGAGGAGGCCGGCUUCAGAGUAGGACGCGACAGUCGGUCCAACAGUCGUUCGCAAAGCGCUACCCGACGUGCGCGAGUCCGUACAAACUCGGAAUCUACCGAGCAGAGCAAGGACGGCGAGCUCACCGAGCCGACCGAGCCCCGGAAACGCAUCUCAACCAUACCAGCUGAAGACGAGGAGGCUGUAGAGGAGUAUCAAGAUGACACCACCGACUUCCAUCCUUCGCGAGGCGGCCACACCGUGAGACCUAGUACGUCUCGCAUUCCUCUGCCCAAGUCCAGCGGUAUACCCGUGCCUGCUUCACUGGCGGACCGUGAUGCGCCGUUGUCAAGGUCCAGAGGCAACAGUGGCAACUGGAGCGAGAAUGCAAUCGGUGCCAUGGGUGCACGUGUGCGCAGUGGCAGUGUGGGCAGUCAAGCGUUGCUUGAUGACGACGGAAGGCAGAGGACGCCCCCAGAAGGCGGUCACAGACGCAACAUCUCGACUGGCAGCUGGACUCCUCCAAAAUCUCCCCAGAAGUCUCCCGUAAAGAAGGCACCAGCCAAGUCGACCACUGCAGGGCGCAAGACCGGUACCCAGAAGACUCAAGCAAAGUCUCGGGCAACAUCAGGCAAUUCACCUCCCAAGCGUCCUCGUACAAGCGGCGGGUCAAUCACGAGGCCUACUACCGCCCAUCGACCAGAAGGCGAGGCUCCGUGGAUAGCAUCCAUGUACAAGCCCGACCCUCGUCUACCGCCGGACCAACAAAUCAUCCCUACACAUGCUAAGCGAAUGCAGCAAGAGCAGUGGGAGAAUGAAGGCAGAGUGGGUUCCAUGUACGACAAGGACUUCCGACUGCUCAACGACAACGAAAUGGCGGACAAGCGCCUUUCGCAGCUGGCCAAUUUGGACCCCAUCGCCAUCGAAAAGGCGCGUCAGAACGAGACCUGGCCCCUUCCAAGCCCUACCAAGGACGAGUCUCCGUCACUUGAGAAGAUCGACACGAAUACCGCCAGGUCUCCAGGCCCCGAACAAGGUGGCUACAAACUAACCCCGACGAUACCCCAAGGUCCCGACCGCACUCCUUCGCCAAAGCUGGCCCCUCCAAUCGAACCCGCACAGCCCAAGCGUACAGUCACCCGGGUGCCCGAACCAGUGGAGGAGGCCAAGGAGAAGAAGGGCUGCAGCUGCAUUGUCAUGUAG